AUGAAACAAAUUGGACACAUAAAUAUCUGGAAUUCUGAUAUUUUUACGCUGGUCGUCUUGCGAAACCAAUUACCACAACAUAUACGAUUAGGAAAAAGGUAA